GUAAACAGUAUCGAACUCUUUCUGCUUCCUUUCUCCUCCUCGCUCGCUCGCUCGCUCUUCAGACCAUCUCCAGGAUCUUUCUCAGCAUCCAUUUCUCCUUUUUUCGGACAAAUCCUUAAGGAGAUGGACAGUGGCGGGCAGUGUGAAAAUGGGAAAUACAAACCCAAUUACUACAAAGGGACACACUCUAUGACGUGGAACAUGAUGCCGCAGCAUCAGAUAAAGGAGCAACAUAAUGCGCUGGUGAUGAAUAAGAAGAUCAUGUCCAUCCUCGCUGAGAGGGAUGCAGCUGUACAGGAAAGAAAUGAAGCUCUAUCCGCAAAGAGAGAAGCACUAGCCGCUAGAGAUGAGGCCCUUCAGCAACGGGACAAAGCUCUUUCUGAAAGGGAUAAUGCAUUAAUGGAGAGAGACAAUGCGUUAGCUGCCCUUCAAUACCGGGGAAGCAGUCUGAACUUCCCUUUGUCCUGUGGGAAACGUGACAUGGUUGAGGCUAUAAACACUGGGGAAGGGGAAACCCUCAUAUCUGAAGCCUUUCCAAUAUCGACUAUUCCGGCUGAAGCAGCCAGCUCGAAGCUAACCAAAAGGAAGGAGAGCAAGCCAGUAAGGUCGAAGGGAAAGAAAGUGGGCGAGGAUCUGAACCAGCGAGCUGCAUCUCUAGGCAAAAAGUGCAGAACAGACUGGGAAAGCUGUGAUGUGGGUUUGAAUUUAGUCGCCUUUGAUGAGACAACUAUGCCAGUGCCAGUCUGCACAUGCACGGGAUCGGCCCAUCAGUGUUAUAAAUGGGGGAACGGAGGUUGGCAAUCUUCAUGCUGCACGACCACGUUGUCGCAGUAUCCGCUGCCACAGAUGCCAAACAAGAGGCAUUCGCGGAUGGGAGGGAGGAAGAUGAGCGGGAGCGUAUUCACGAGAUUGCUCAGCCGUCUGGCAGCGGAAGGGCACGAUCUCUCUUUCCCCGUUGAUCUCAAGGACUACUGGGCCAGGCAUGGAACUAACCGUUACAUCACCAUCAAGUAGCUCAACUUCCGUGCAAGUAAUGUCCUUUCCUUCUACCGUUUUAGACUAUGCUCUAAUUAGUGAUUAGGAUGAAUAACGAAUGAAGGGAAGCUGAUAGGACGCCGUCCUUGUUAUUAUCUUGUCAAUAUGUCGUUGUAAGGUAAAAACCCAAAUUGUUAUAAUCUUUUGGAAUGGGCGUAUUUGCUUUUGA